AACACUUCGUGAACGCAUAACUACUUUUAUUUACCGUUUAACACCUGAAGUUUCCUGUCAGUAGGUUGUACGCAACUAUAUCUAACACAUUUAUCUCAAGUGAAACUCGACCUUGGAUUGACAGAGUAGCGUGGAGCCAGCGCUAUCAUCACCAUCGCCAGCUCCUGUCCAGAGUGUGUGGAAGCUAAGCGGGCACUUCCUGGGGUUUAAGGGACUGAGUUCCUGUCAGUAUGGAUGCCCAGCCGCAAGGACAGCAACCGAUGGUUCCAGUUUAUCAGCCGCAGAAAGUGCUGCAGCCGGAACUGGGCUACAGUAACCUAGGCAAUUUUGUCAUUGAGAAGAAGAUUGGGAGGGGCCAGUUUAGCGAGGUGUACAGGGCCAGGUACUUGAUAGACAACACUCCAGUAGCUUUGAAAAAAGUACAGAUAUUCGACUUGAUGGAUGCCAAAGCACGGCAAGAUUGCAUCAAAGAAAUAGACCUCCUGAAGCAAUUGAAUCAUCCCAACGUAAUUAAAUAUCACGCAUCAUUCAUCGAAGAGAAUGAACUGAAUAUAGUUCUGGAACUAGCAGACGCCGGAGAUCUUUCACGUAUGAUAAAGCAUUUCAAGAAACAGAGGAGACUCAUCCCCGAGAAGACAGUCUGGAAGUACUUCGUUCAGCUGUGCAGCGCACUGGAGCAUAUGCACUCCCGACGCGUCAUGCACAGAGAUAUAAAACCGGCCAAUGUGUUCAUCACUGCGACGGGGGUAGUGAAACUUGGUGACUUGGGCCUGGGUCGCUUCUUCAGCUCCCAAACCACAGCGGCCCACUCUCUAGUGGGCACCCCUUAUUACAUGUCUCCUGAAAGGAUACACGAAAACGGAUAUAACUUUAAGUCCGACAUCUGGUCGCUAGGCUGCCUGCUGUACGAGAUGGCUGCUCUCCAGAGUCCGUUCUAUGGGGACAAGAUGAACCUGUUUUCUCUAUGUAAAAAGAUUGAACAGUGUGACUACCCUCCGCUUCCGUCUGAUCACUACUCUGAACAGCUGAGGAAACUGGUGGAUAUGUGCAUUAACCCAGACCCCGAGAAGAGGCCGGACACCACCUACGUGUACGACAUCGCCAAACAGAUGCACGCCAUGACGCUCGGCAACUGAGACGCCCGGACCGGGCUCCGGGAACCCGCGUGCCGUUCUCGAUCUGGUGGAACUGCCCCCCCCCAAAAAAACCCUAUCCAGCCCCUCUGCCGAGUCAUUUAAUCUGCUCCUCCUCACCUCAACCAAUAGUGACUUAGCGCUUAAAACAACGAAAGAGAGAUGUCUUUCGUACUGUACUUCAAGAGCUCUUUCAGACGUCGUACCAAAAAAAGCGAUGCAGAAUUCUCAGAUGCUUUUGAGGAAGGUUUUUUUGUUUUUGUUUUUGUUUUGUUUUUUUCCCCGUACUUUUUGAAUCGGGUUACAUGUAAAUUCGUCACAAACGUAACUGUACCACAUUAUACGUCUAGAUUAAGGUGUAGAACAAACAGCGACCAUAGACUCCUUAAAUGCUUGUGACAAAUGUGCUUGAGAAAUGCUUUGUGUGUUAUUGUAUCGUCACCAUGUGCCCUUAGAGAAAACAAACCGCAUACAUAGUGUUUUGCAAGCAUAGAUGUUGCUAGGUUGCACUUUUUGUGACAGUGAUACAGUCUGUGCGGGCAGGCAGGUCGAUGAAUGUAAACCUAUAACAAAACGUCCUUGUUACAGUACGAAAUUUGCACUAACCGCACUUCAACCAAGACAGACAACGAGGCCUGUUUUACCACCCCCCCCCGGCCCCAUUCCCCCCCCCUUCUCUAAAACCUCACUUAUGAAGUUGUCUCUACACCUCAUGAAAUCAUUUCACAGGAAGAUUUAUCAGAAUUUGGGAAAAACAAACAAAACGAAAGCAAAAAAAACCAAAAAAAAAACAGGAAGCUUGCUUCACAUCUAUACGACUUAAAUCCCACUUCCCCCUCUCUAGA